CAAUAUACAGUAUGUAAUAUAAUAUUACAAUUAUGUCAAUGAAAUCAACAUUAAUAGAAAAAUUGUUGUCAAUAUAYUAAUAAUAAUAAUAACCAUAAUUUUAAUGUWUUCAUAAUUAACAUGUAUAUCAACUAUUUAUUAGUAUUAAUAUUUCUGAUUGGCCAGUUGUCAUACGUGGCCAUUGGUCAAGAGGGUGUCACCUGUACUGAUUCCUACUGUACAGCUAUUGUCAAAAAUUGUCCAGAAUUUCACUGUAAGGGACCGGAUAUGAGAGUCUAUAAAAAUGCUACCAUUUGUGGCUGUUGUCAUCUAUGUGUUAAAGAAUUAGAUGAAGGCGAAGUGUGUAGUCCCGACAGGUCGGGUAUAAUUCCCGAAACAAUGUGCAAACCGCACCUUAAAUGCAAUAAAGAGACAACAAAUAAAAAAAUUAGUUAUAUCUGCAAGAAAAUAUCUGAUAUCGAUCCAAAUGGUUGUGAGGCCGCACGGGUUAAUAUUAGCACAAAUAUGAAUGAGUUGGCCGCCGGACCACCAGUUCCCGAGUGCGACGAGUUUGGCGAGUAUUCGUCAGUGCAGUGCAAAAAUGGCACAAUUUGUUAUUGUGUCGACAAAAACGGUAAUAGAAUCUUCGGUUCCGCCACUUAUGACAAAAUCGAUGAUAUGAAUUGUCUAUGUUCGCGACAAUUCAAUCAAUUGAACCGGGAGUUAGCGGAACACCAGUUCAGUAUUGAUCCGGUAUUUUUCAUGCGCUGUAAAGCCAAUGGCAACUACGAGCCGUUUCAGGCGACCAACAAUUUUACCUAUUGUGUCAACACAACCGACGGUAUAUUACACGAGAGAGCUGUCAGUAAACAAAACACCGAUCAGUUACCGUGCGCCCACGAAAGCUAUUCAUAUAAUACUGAUUGCAUUAAGAGAUACUUUGAGGCCAUAAAAAAUAUUGAACUCUUAGAAGACGAAGAAUAUAUGGUUGUCGGUUACGACGUUCCCAAAUGUGAUUUGGACGGCAAUUAUGCACCCGUCCAGUGUCUCAAUGAUCACUGUUAUUGUGUUAACAAAAAAGGCGAGAAAAUACAUGACACACAAGUGGCCCGAACUGACAUCGACUAUGCCUACAGCCAGACAUGCAGUUGUGUUAGAGAUAAGGAACUGUUCAAAGAUAUACCGGAUGAAAGUCGGGACAAAGUGACCGAAAUGUUUAGCGAAUACAUCUGCGACAAGAAUGGCAAUUAUCUUCCUCUUCAGUGUUCCGAAUCGUUUUGCUAUUGUGUUGACCGACAAAACGGUUACAUUAAUUCAACAUUUUUAUUGAAAACGGCCGGUGAAGACAUACGAAAGCUGGACUGUUAUAUAAAUUAUCCGACAGAAACACAUCACGACCAGUCAUAUCUGGAACUGGUCUAUGAUAAUGAAUUUUAAACAAUUAUUUUAUUAUUUUUGGUAUACAUAUAUAGAUAUCAAAUUUUUUUUAUAWAAAAAAACAUUAUAUACCAUGAUCAAUUUAUUUUAUU